GCGGAAACUACUCGCCAGCGGGCGCGUUGGUAUUUCUUUAAAACGUUUGUUGUUUUUUCUGCAGACUUCUAACUUUGUGAGUGACUGAUGAUUGCUUCCCCACAAUGCCUCUGUCCACGCAAUCUCAAAGUCAAGAUGAACAGUAUGUUCUGGUAGCCAAUUUGGAUAACGCUCGCAAUCUCUCCAACAUCCUGAAAGCCAUCACCUGCAAGGACCACGCCGUCUUCACAGCGACAGCAAACGGCCUGAAGGUCACAGUGGAGGACUGCAAAUGCAUGCAAGCCAAUGCCUUCAUUCAGGCAGAUAUCUUUCAAGAGUACACAUUAAAAGAAGAUAUGGUUAUUUUUCAAAUUAAUCUUACUGUUCUGCUCGACUGCCUGAAUAUCUUUGGAGGAAGCACAGCAGCAGGAGCAUCAACGGCUCUGCGGAUGUGCUACAUGGGGCAUGGUCAUCCUCUGACAUUGUUCCUGGAGGAGGGUGGUGUAGUGACUGUCUGCAAAAUUAACACACAAGAACCAGAAGACCCAAUUGAUUUUGAGUUCUCCAGUUCCAAUGUCACAAACAAGGUCAUUCUUCAGUCUGAGAGUCUAAAGGAAGCCUUUUCUGAACUGGACAUGACCAGCGAGGUGCUGCAGAUCACCAUGUCCCCCAGCCAGCCGUACUUCAGGUUGUCCACAUUUGGAAACUCUGGAAAUGCUCAUUAUGAUUACUCCAAGGAUUCAGACAUGAUGGAGCUUUUUCAGUGCAACAAAACACAAACCAACAGAUACAAGAUGUCCUUACUAAAGCCGUCCACCAAAGCCUUGGCUAUAUCCUGUAAAGUCUCGGUGAGGACGGACAGCAGGGGCCUUCUUUCUCUGCAGUACCUGGUCAGGAAUGACAACGGUCAGAUCUGCUUUGUGGAGUAUUUUUGUUGUCCUGACGAAGAGGUAGAGGAGGAGUAACAGCUGAUUUGUUGUGACCCUAAGCUCCUCAAACUCAGCUGGGACAAAUGACUUUAUUUGAUCACGCAGCCAUAUAAGGUUGAGCAGGGAAUAGAAAAGCUAUGGGUAACCUUAGUUCUAGUCUUCUUGAAAGGCUGAAAAUGUCAACUAUUGGAAUUCAUAUUUCACGUUUUCAUCAACAAAAUCUUCAGACUUCAAUUGAGUAAUACAAUUUUAAAAUUUUAGCACAAUUAACUUGCCAAUUGCAAUUAUUUGUGUUUCUUGAAACGUGGAAGAUCAUUGCUCACUCAGUCCUGUCAUGUACCUGUAUGGAGUUUUGCCAAAGUCAAACUCAAAAGUUCUGGGUUGAGUAAAUUCCAUUUAUGUUUAAUGUGUUAAUACGGAAACAUUUAUGCAGGGAUUCACAAGUAUCUGUUCAUGAUUCUUUGUACAGUAAAUAUUUGACUCAUCUGAGUACACUGAGGAAAAUGAGUACACAUUAAAAGUAUAUCGGAAAAUGAUUUUUAUUUUUUUUUUCUCCAUACAAAACAAUUUAUAUCAAGUUUGGUGUAUUUAACAGCAUGUAUUUUUUUUUUAUUAAAAAGGACUGUAAAUACUUAAGGUGUGUUGUAAAAUAAAGAUUUCUAAAUUGCCAA